AGACCCUUAUUGUUCCUAAGACGUACAAGUGUUCAGUGGCAGCUGUCGCAACACCGACUCCAUUCAACCAGACAGAAACUGAUUUGCAUUGCCAUGAUCAGCAUUACAGGGAGAAAUCAAUUUCCAACAUUGCCAUCAUUGCCAUUGAAGUCUUUAUUAUGAUUCUAUGCAUAAUCGAGUUUAUUCAAGUGAGAAGAUUAACUCCGCCGGAUCUUUUAAUCAAGUUGCUGAGAGAAAUCUUCGAGGACGAAAGCAACCCACUUGUAGUUGUACCUGUCACCUCCCCGGUCGAACCAGAAACAGAAGAUAUACAACACCUCGUCGUCCGCAGAAGGCAAUCCCUCCUCGACCGUCCGCCACCCUCUCCUGACAGCGUCCCUAGGGGCGAAGAGCUUUGGGGCGCUUUAAAAAGAGUUCCAGUCGACAAGGAACGAGUAAAGUCGCUUCUCGAGGCAUGUGCGCCAGUGGAUUUCCGAGAACCAGGCAGUCAGACGGGUAGAACGCCCCUCCAUUUUGUAGUGUCCGAAAAGAAUGGAGAUGACGAACUCAUAGCAAUGCUGUUAACAUAUGGAGCAGAAACAAACCUGGUUGACUCUUUUGAUCUAACGCCACUCCAUCUGGCAGUCGAGAAAGGAAAUUUGAGGGCUGUGCAAAGAUUGGUAAUUAAUGGAGCUGAUUGCAACAAACGAAAUCGACAAAAUGAAACUCCUGCUGAAGUAGCCCAGAGGAAGCAACAUGGAAACGUCUUGAAUUACCUCACCUCGUUUCAACAAGCACAGGAGAGAAAGAAGAACAUUCACGUGUGAACCGGCCAGCGGUACUUCUCUGAGCCAUCCACAUCUUCAUGUCUAUAUAGUGUGCUUGAUUAAAGGGAAUGUAACCUUACGUAACCUCCAUACAAGAAUUGCAUUUCUGGGAUAAAAAAGGAAAACUACUUUUAAAGCGUGUUUGAGCAAGACUUAUUAUAAGGGUGUGGUGUGUUAUUUGAUGUGGUGUGUUAUUUUAAUAUAGACCUCCGGGGCAAGUACUCCCAUAUGAAAAGGUCGGGGAUUAUCUUUGUCUCGCCCAGGGGUGUAAAUAAGGGAUUUUAGACUCAUUUAUGCCUGGGCUUAGGUUAUUCAGGUUUUCCACUAAUUUAGCUGUCAAAGCAUCUUUUAGGGUACACUUGAAGAGUUAACAAUUUAAAAAAACGCUCUCAUUUCCGUUGUUAGGUUCGAUUUCCGCCGCUCUCUCGAGUCUGGUCUACUAGCCCGGGCUCUCUUCCCGAACGGUGGCUAAUAACCAAGCCUGUUCCGUUUUAAGUGCAUGGUAUCUUUUAGUGGUCAAAAAAGCCACUAGCCAUAUUCAGACUGAUCACCUUUAGGGAUUUAAUUCCAAUUUUCCGACAAGCAUCCCUGACCUUCUCAUAUUGGAGUCAUCCUCCGAGUUAUAGAAGAAAUUUUAUGGCCCGCUGUUGUUCAAAGGGCACUGGUAUAUGACAAACUUUAGGUGAUAACGCUUUCGCUUUAAAGCGUUAGCUGUAAAACUUUGAGAAACUUUUCCUUUAUAAUUCGACUAUAAUCUCAUAAAUUUGAUUUAAUCCUGAAACAGUUUUUGUCGUAUUAGAAUUUAAGUGGACCACCCUUUUUGUAUAAAAUCGCAGUUGUUAAAAGAAUUGGCUGAUACGGAAUCUGUUCUCUUUUUUUUUGUCCUAAUGUAUAUACCAAGUUUUAGCGGAAAAAUCUGUAAGGCACAAUUAAGUGCGGAAAACGGAAAAUAUAAGGCCUAUUACGUGUUCCCUAAAA